AUGACGCGUCAGCGCAUCUGCAGAGUUCUCAGCCGCCCUAUUCCUCCCUCCAGCAGUUGCUGCCGCACUCUCGCCAGCCUUAUUCUCAUCAGCCGUUUUCUCGUCAGCCGCCUUUUCAGCCACACCAGCGGCGGUGGUUGUCAGACUCAGCUGGUCAACUCGAGAUUCCGAAAGAGAAGCUCAGUGCCUCCUCCCUCCUCACUGCAGCUCUUCUCUAUGGUGCUGGUGGCGAACAGGGGGGAUAUCAGCCUCUCGAGUGCUGGUGGCGAACAGGGGGGAGAUCGCAUGUUGAGUCAUGAAGACGGCGCGGGCACUCUGAGGGAUUCUCAGAUUCAUGCGUUUUACACCUUUUUCAACACUCCCCCUUCACUGCAGCUCUUCUUCAAGCUCUUCUCCAAGGUGCUGGUGGCGAACAGGGGGGAGAUAGCAUGCCGAGUGAUGAAGACAGCGCGGGCACUGGGCAUUCGCAGUGUGGCCAUCUACUCCGAGCCGGACGUGGAGAGCCUGCACGUGCGCAUGGCGGAUGAGGCGGUUUGUGUGGGCCCAGCACCGGCAGCGCAGAGCUAUCUGAAUACGGAUGCUGUGCUGGAAGCGAUCAGAAGCACAGGGGCUGACGCGGUGCACCCGGGCUACGGCUUCCUGUCAGAGAACGCCAUGUUUGUGGAGCGGUUGGAUGAGGAGGGCGUGACGUUUGUGGGGCCCAAUCUCAACGCCAUUGACGCCAUGGGGGAUAAGAUUCACAGCAAGCGGCUGGCGAAAGAGGCCAAGGUGAACACAAUUCCGGGGAAGGAGGACGUCAUUAGGGACGAGGACCAUGCGGUUGAGAUCGCGCAAGAGGUCGGCUUCCCAGUCAUGCUCAAGGCGUCGGGUGGUGGAGGAGGCAAGGGUAUGCGCGUUGCAUGGAACGAGAAGGAGGUGCGGGAGCAGUUCAGUGUGUGCAAGGCGGAGGUCGCAUCCAGCUUUGCAGACGACCGAAUCUUUGUGGAAAGGUUCAUAGACAAGCCAAGGCACAUCGAAGUGCAAGUCAUGGGUGAUAAGCACGGCAAUGUGGUCUGGUUACCAGAGAGAGAAUGCUCCAUACAAAGGAGAAACCAGAAGGUGAUAGAGGAAUCGCCCAGCACGUUCCUGGACGAGGCAACGAGGGAGGCCAUGGGCGAACAGGCCGUAUCGCUGGCCAAAGCAGUCAACUACGACUCUGCUGGGACUGUGGAAUUUCUCGUCGAUGCACAGAGGAAUUUUUUCUUUCUGGAGAUGAACACGCGUCUGCAGGUGGAGCACCCAGUGACGGAGUGCGUCACGGGGCUCGACCUCGUGCACCUCAUGUUCCACUCCGCUGCCGGCCAUGCGCUGCCCAUAGAUCAGGACAGGGCGCGGAAGAUCAACGGGUGGGCGCUGGAGUCACGGGUUUACUGCGAGCAUCCCUUCAUGAACUUCCUCCCGUCCACGGGCAAGCUGCGCAGGUAUCGCGAGCCCAAGGAGGUGCGGAAGCCAAAUGAGAUCGUGAGGCUGGACACCGGGGCGGUGGAGGGGCAGUACAUCUCCAUGUACUAUGACCCUCUGCUGUCUAAGCUGAUCACGUGGGGUCCAACCAGAAAGGACGCCCUCGAGACCAUGAAGCACGCCUUGGAUCGUUACUAUGUGUGCGGGCCCUUCAACAACAUCUCCUUCCUCCGCUGCAUCUUCUCACAGCCGGCGUUUGAGUCGGGUGAUAUCAGCACCAAGUUCCUCGACAUCCAUUACCCGAAUGGCUUCACGGACGACAGGCUGACGCCCAGAGAGGAGGUGAGAGAGUUGGGAGAGGUGGAGUGGGUGGAAGCAACUGCCUCCCUUCUCCUUCUCAUCCUCCCCAUCCUCCACUCAUCUCCCCUCCUCACCUGUCACUCACAGAAAGAAGUGGCGGCCAUAGCAGCCUUUCUCGACAUUGUCAAAUCCCAGAGGUCACUGGUAGCUGUCAACGCUGCCGCCCCCGGCACGCCUGGCGCAAUAGGAAACGGACACCUGGCGCACGCUGGUUGGGCGGAGGAGGAGGGAGAGGGGGAAGGCGAGGAGGGGGAGGAGGAUGGGGGGGAGGGGUUGAGGGGAAAGGCGGAGCUGGUGGUGAGUUCGGAUGGGGAGGAACAUGCAGUGGUGGUGCGGCAUUGGAGCAAUGAGAAGAAGCCACACCUCUGUGUUGCAGCGGAGCUGGUGGUGAGUUCGGAUGGGGAGGAGCAUGCAGUGGUGGUGCGACAUUGGAGCAAUGAGAAGAAGCCGCACCUCUGUGUUGCAGUGAGUGCCACUCUGUUUCUUGUGUUGCUUGUCUGUAGGCUGUCUCGUUCUCUCGUUCGCAUGAUGCUCUCUUGGGGGAAGGCGGAGCUGGUGGUGAGUUCGGAUGGGGAGGAGCAUGCAGUGGUGGUGCGGCAUUGGAGCAAUGAGAAGAAGCCGCACCUCUGUGUUGCAGACAUAGAGGUGGGCGGGGAGGUGAUUCGGGUGGAGGAGGCAGUGCCAGUGGGCCUGGGACGAGGGGUGGUGGAUAUCCGCGUGGAUGGGGAGGACACGGUUUGUAUGGUCAUGGAGAAACACGCUCGGGGGUUCAAGCUCGUCUACGAAGGUUGCACCAAGGACGAGGUGCUGGUGCAUCAGAAGAAGGUGGCUCCUCUACAGAAGUACAUGCCGCCUAAGAAGGUUCAAGACGUCUCCAAGAUGGUCAAGGCUCCUAUGCCUGGUGCAGUGGUUGCAAUCGGUGUCAAGCCAAACAAGAAGGUGCUUCCUGGCGAUGAGUUGAUAACGAUUGAAGCCAUGAAGAUGCGCAAUGUCCUGCGUGCUGAGGAGGCGGCCACUGUAAAGGCUGUGUAUGUAAAGGUCGGGGCAUCUGUGUCGUUGGGUGAGACCAUGAUCGAGUUCGAGUAA